UCAAUAUAUUAAAGAACAAAAAAAAUCCAAAAGGACCCCGUCUCUACUACAAAAGUUCAUUUUCUACACAAACACUACCUCAAUUUCCAAAUUCCGAUCCUAAAAAUCCAAUCGUUUUAUACCCUUUAUCCCCUAUCACAAAUCUCAAAAAAAAUCAUAUAAUAUUUUUAAUUUCCCAAAAAAUCAUUCUAAAAGGGUAAUAAAAUAUAAUACUUUUUUUGGAAAGAAUUUUAAUAUUCUUUUUUUAAGAAAUAAGACUAAAAAAGUGGAUUAAUAUUCACCAAUGGAGUAUAUAAAGGCAACUAUCCCAAACCAUUUGGAUGAAGAAGAAGAAGAAACAACAUCUUUCUUAUUCUCCUCAUCACAUAUUCCUAAUAAUACUCAAUCUAAAUCUUCAUCUUUUUCUUCAUCAUCAAUAUCAAUGUCUUCUUAUGACCCAGAUCAUAAUUCUUCUCUUCCCACUGUUAAUGGUGAUUCCAAAUCUAAUCAACCAAUUGUUAUUCCAGAAACUGCCCAUCAAAUUAGUACUGAUUCAUGGCUGCAAGCUGGGUUUGUUUUAACGACUGGGAUAAACAGUGCAUAUGUACUGGGAUAUUCAGGGGCAAUCAUGCUUCCACUUGGAUGGAUACCUGGUGUUCUUGGUUUACUUGCAGCUACUGGAAUUUCUCUCUAUGCUAAUUCUCUUGUUGCCAAUCUUCAUGAACAUGGAGGAAGAAGACAUAUCAGAUACAGAGAUCUUGCAGGAUAUAUUUAUGGGCAUAGUGCAUAUUCACUUACAUGGGCUUUACAGUAUAUCAAUCUUUUUAUGAUCAAUACUGGAUUUAUUAUCUUGGCUGGUUCUUCUAUUAAGGCUGCUUAUACUCUGUUCUCGGAUGCUGGCACAUUGAAGCUUCCAUAUUGCAUAAUUAUAUCUGGGUUUGUAUGUGGAUUGUUUGCCAUAGGAAUCCCUCAUUUGUCUGCUUUGAGAAUUUGGCUUGGAGUUUCAACGUCCUUCGGUCUUAUUUAUAUUCUUAUAGCUAUUGCUCUUUCACUUAAAGAUGGAAUUAAUUCCCCUCCAAGAGAUUACAGCACGCCAGACGAAAGAGGCAAAGUAUUCACAACCGUAGGAGCCGCGGCUAAUCUAGUUUUUGCAUUUAACACAGGAAUGCUUCCUGAGAUUCAGGCAACAGUCAGAAAACCAGUAGUCGAAAACAUGAUGAAGGCCCUGUAUUUUCAGUUCACAGUCGGAGUUGUACCAAUGUAUUCUAUUGUUUUCAUCGGUUAUUGGGCGUAUGGGAACAAAACAGACCCGUAUUUGCUGAACAACGUUCAUGGCCCUGUCUGGUUGAAGGCCUUGGCUAAUAUCUGCGCGUUCCUCCAAACAGUCAUUGCAUUACAUAUUUUCGCAAGUCCAAUGUACGAGUACUUAGACACAAGGUUCGGGAUUACAGGAAGUGCAUUAAACCCGAAAAACUUGGGAUUUCGAGUGGUAAUAAGGGGAGGUUACCUAGCAAUAAACACAUUUGUGUCAGCAGUUCUACCGUUCCUAGGAGAUUUCAUGAGCCUAACCGGAGCGAUCAGUACAUUUCCGCUCACCUUCAUACUAGCGAAUCACAUGUAUUACAGGGCGAGAAAGAACAAGCUAAGCAUCUCGAUGAAAAUAUGGCUAUGGAUUAAUAUCAUUUUCUUUUCUUGUAUGGCUUUAGCUGCCUUUUUUGCUGCUUUGAGACUAAUUGCUGUUGAUUCGAAACAUUACCAUCUCUUUGCUGAUUUAUGAGGACCCAAAUUUGGAAAUUCACUACACAAUAAUAUUAUGUCACUAAUUUAGAGUCA